CUUCGACGGUGCUUGAUGACGUGGCAGCCGAGAUAUUCAGCCUAACGAGGCUGCAGCCUUCCGAUUGAGAAGCAUCCUUCAAAUGUAGGGAACGAGAUGUACUACAAAAUGGCCGACACCCAAAAUAGUGCACUUUAUAGUGGAUAGGGGGGGAUUUCGCACACAGCGGCUGAGACUCUUAAACCGGAAGGAAGCAGUUUUUGUUUAAAUACUAACCUCUUAAGGAAAAUGGCGGAAGUCGUGGAGCUGCAGAAACUGAAGUUGGCUGAGCUGAAGCAGGAAUGUGCUGCUCGAGGGCUUGAUGCUAAAGGAAAUAAAGCUGACCUGAUCGCCCGGCUGCAGGCUUACCUGGAAGAGCAUGAAGAAGUAAAUGAAGAGGAUGUACUGGGAGUGUAUGGAGAGGAAGCCUUUGCCAAAGAAGAGAGCGCAGCCCAGAACCAAGUGUGUACUGUUCCUGAAACGGUGACGGAGAAGAAAGUGGUGAAGAUUGACUCACCUACUGCGACUGAUGAGAGACUUCAAAAGAGAGCAGAGCGCUUCAAUAUGCCACCAAAUGUGGACAGCAAAAAGGCUGCACGUGCAGCAAGGUUUGGGUUACCAGUACCUGAAUCUUCCAAAGGAACUUCAGCCAUUCCCAAAGUGAGUGUGGACGUUGAGGUGUUAAAGAAGAGAGCAGAACGGUUUGGCAUGAAUGUCUCCUCAGUUUCAAAAAAGUUUGAGGAUGAUGAAAAGCUGAAGAAGAGAAAGGAGAGAUUUGGCAUUCUCACAAGUGCAGCCUCUGCUGGAGUGGAUGAUUCAGAGGUAUAACUUCAGACUCUUCAGACAUUGUUUAUAUUUUACUGGAUCCGGAACACUUUGCUCCCAAGCAGACUAGAACCGGACCAUGUGUCAUCAAUUUGGGGAAGAUCUGAUAAAAGCUGUAGGAGGGGUUCGAAAAAGUAAGUUUUCAAGGAAAUUUAAAAUGUUGAACAAAGUAUGACCGACCAUGGCAAAAUUGGUAUCCUUGUACUCUGCAUCACUCAAGACAUCUAAAGUCUUAUGAUUUUAGGCCAAACUUUUCAGAAUUUUUAAACAAAAUAACAAUUUCUUAUUUUUUGACCAUUAGGUGGUGCUGUGCAGACACUGCUGAGGUACCCUCAGGGCAUGAUAGCUAUGACAUAAGUUGCGUUCAAAAUGGCAAAUGUUGCCAAGAUUUAGCUUCACGACUUCGCAAUAAUCUUCGUCAAAGAGCGGUUUGGUCUAUCAAAAAGCUUUUUAUAACUUUUGUCAUAAGUGUCCCUAGGUGAUACAUGCCAAAUUUUAUGAGAAUCGGGCGUAUGGCCUAGUAGUAGUUUUUCAGAAAAUUCAAAAUGGCAGAAAAUCUAGUUGGGUGGAAAUUGUAACCAUGGUGUCCAUUUGACUUAGCAUGAGGUAAGGAAUCAGAGGGGAAACUGUUUGUAGGCUUUACAAUUUAAAAGUUAUAAGCAUUAUACAAAAGUGAAACUUUAAACUGUUGCUAGCGCUAGGUUUAAGAUAGACACCCAAAAUUUGCUGUGGUAUAAAUUCAGUCUGUCCUCUUCAUAACUUUCCUGCCAACGGUUCUGUGGGCAGCCAUAGACUUCAAUAGCGGAAGAAGAAAAGUAAUUAAAAUGAUCAGUUUACCAAAUAGGCUAUUUUUUAUGAUGAUGCUCAGUUUCAGGUAGAUUGUUCUGGCAUGCAUAAAAUGAGUUUGACACCCCUGCUUUAAGAUGUCAUUGUUAAUGAUUUUUAAUGUUUCUCCAGUAUUCGCCUACAUUCAAUCAGUCUGUCCCAGCUUCUCAACUACCCAAAUGAUGCGUCAUCAGUGUGUACAUGCAUGGUUUAUUAAUCUAUGUUAGCCAGUUGCCCAGUUUUAAGUAUAAAUUAAAUGGCCUGUUUAUGCAUAUUUUUAAUGUUUAAAUAUUAAAGAUUUUGUUGAAAAUAUAUUAUUUUAUACACAGUAUACUAUGUAUAAAUAUAUACAGUAUACUAUAUUAUAUUCAGUAUGAUAUAAUAUAUUCAGUAUACUCAGUAUAUCUCUAGUGUACUUUGUUACACUAUGCUGAUCAUUGAAAUUGAGGUCAUAUUUAUGUUAUAGAUAACCUCAUAUUAUAAGUCAGAUGGAAGAGAGCUGGGAUACAUUAAGUUAGUGACAACAGAAAUACACACAAGGAACAGUGGUAUCACUUUCCAAAAAAAUUAUAAUCUUCAGGUCAUCAAUUAAGUGAUGUUGACUAACACUGAAUAAAAAUCAGCUGUUUCUGUAGGAUUUUCUUGGCUUCUUUUUGGUUGCAUCUUACUGCUGAAGCCAUGGUCUGCAAAGAGCUUGCAAAGUGUGGGUUCUCAUUGUGAGAGGUACCAAUCAGGAGAGGGGUACAAAAUAAUUUCCAUGACAUUAGAUGUGCCAUGGAACACUGAAGGCCAUCAUCAACAAGUGGAGAAAAUGGCGCAUCACAAAGAAGAAUUUAUGAAAAAACAAGAAGAAACACUUAUCGGGGAGGCUGUCAAGAGGCCUACAGCAACAUUAAAGAAGCUGCAAGAAUAUCUGACAAGUAUUGGUAACUCGCUGCAUGUGACAGCAAUAUCCUGUAUUCUUCGUUUGUCUGGGAUAUGGGAAGGGUGGCAUGACGGUAAACAUUACAAAAAAAAAAAAAAAAAUCCAAGUCCAUCUAAAUUUUUGCCAAAAACAUAUCCAAUCAACCAAACCAUAUGGCAAAAUGUUUUUUGGUCCGAUGAAACCAAAAUAUAACUUUUUUGCCAUAAAUUUAGAAUGUAUGUUUGGUCAAAAAAAAAAAGACCCAAACACCACCAUACCCACAGUGAAGCAUCCGUUAUUUUUUGUUUUUAAUCAAA